AUGACGGAGCUCGCAAAUUAUAAAAGGCUGGAAAAGGUUGGGGAAGGUACUUAUGGUGUUGUAUAUAAGGCACUUGAUUUGAGGCACGGGCAAAGAGUGGUAGCUCUUAAGAAAAUUAGACUCGAAAGCGAAGACGAAGGUGUCCCAAGCACCGCCAUUCGUGAGAUAUCUCUUUUGAAGGAGCUCAAGGAUGAUAACAUUGUUCGUCUCUACGACAUUGUGCAUUCAGACGCGCACAAGCUUUACUUAGUCUUUGAGUUCUUGGAUCUAGACCUAAAGAGAUACAUGGAAUCCAUACCAAAGGAACAACCUUUGGGAGACAACAUCAUCAAAAAAUUUAUGAUGCAAUUGUGCAAAGGUAUUGCUUAUUGCCACUCUCAUCGCAUAUUGCAUCGUGACUUGAAACCACAAAAUUUGUUGAUCAACCGCGAUGGCAAUAUGAAGUUAGCCGAUUUUGGUCUGGCCCGUGCAUUUGGUGUUCCGCUCAGAGCCUAUACCCAUGAGAUUGUCACACUGUGGUAUCGUGCCCCGGAGGUGCUACUAGGAGGGAAGCAAUACUCCACCGGCGUGGAUAUUUGGUCUAUCGGGUGCAUUUUCGCGGAAAUGUGCAAUAGAAGACCAAUAUUUAGUGGUGACAGUGAGAUUGACCAAAUUUUCAAAAUUUUUAGGAUUCUGGGUACACCAAGCGAAACCGUUUGGCCUGAUAUCGUCUAUCUGCCUGACUUCAAGCCCAAGUUUCCUAAAUGGCAUCCAAAAGACCUAGCACAAGUGGUUCCUUCGCUUGAUGACCAUGGAAUUGACCUUCUGCAAAAACUUUUGACAUAUGAUCCUAUCAACCGCUUGAGCGCUAAGAGAGCCGUAUUGCAUCCAUAUUUCCAAGGCCCCUCUGGAGAUUAA